AUGGCGAUCAAGCACAACAACCAAAUCCAGAAGAACCACUUCCGCAAGGAUUGGCAGCGUCGUGUGCGUGUGCACUUCGACCAGCCCGGCCGCAAGCACCGCCGUCGUGAGGCCCGUAUCGCCAAGGCCGCCGCCGUUGCUCCUCGCCCCGUCGACAAGCUGCGUCCCGUUGUCCGGUGCCCUACCAUCAAGUACAACCGCCGUGUUCGUGCUGGCCGUGGUUUCACCCUCGCUGAGCUGAAGGAGGCCGGUAUCCCCAAGAAGCUCGCUUCCACCGUCGGUAUCUCGGUCGACCACCGCCGCACCAACUACUCCCUGGAGUCCAAGGUCGAGAACGUCGCCCGCCUGAAGGACUACAAGGCCCGCCUGAUCCUCUUCCCCCGCAAGAGCGGUCAGUUCAAGAAGCUCGACUCUUCCGCCGAGGACGUCAAGGCCGCCAAGGCUGGUGAGGGUCUCACCAAGAAGGUCGGCGCUUCCUUCCCCAUCGUCAACCCUGCUCUCGAGGCCGCCGUCACCGAGGUCAGCCGUGCCUCCCUCCCCGAGGGUGAGAAGGCCGCUUACCGCCGUCUCCGUGACGCCCGCGCCGAGGCCCGCCACCGCGGCCAGCGCGAGAAGCGUGCCCGCGUCAAGGCUGAGGAGGAGCAGGCCGCCAAGAAAUAA